AAGCAUUCCCAAGUGUUUGGAACAAAGACUCCGUGAAAGAAUAGUUGGUGAACCAUCCACCGAAAGCGGUUUCAGCAAAGUCCUUUAGAAUAACUCAUCAAGUUUUUCCCAGAACCGUAAGUGUUUGGAGUGAGGUUAUUUCUUUCUCCUGUUAAAGCAGCCCAUCACAUCUUACGCUGAACAAUGUCGGCCAGCAACGGUGUCGGAACUGGUACCAUGUUCACGCUGCAAGCGUUGGCACUGCUGUGGACGAUUACGGUGGUGACGGCGAACAAGCGAUACUGUGGAAACGAGCUGGUAAAGGUGCUGUCGUUCCUUUGUGACGAAUUCCCCGAUCUUCACACGGCAAACAAGAAAGCUAUCGACUCCUACAAGAUGGACAUGAGCAGCGAUGAGUGGAUGAAUGGUGACGAUAGUAUGCAGCAGCAGAUGAUCCUCGACCAGCAGCUGCAAACACUCGGCAUGACGGAGGACCACGACCAUGAUCGUGCAUCGGUACCGGCCUGGAUGAACAUGGUCUACCCGGCGAACUACAUGUUCCGACAUGGUGCUGCCCAUAACGAGCUCAUUCCGGCUCGGUUCCGCAAAAGUCGUGGUGGAAUUGUCGAGGAGUGCUGUUUGCGACCGUGCGGCAUGAACCAACUGUUGCAGUACUGCAAGAAGACCAGCCAGUCAAAAUAAUUCGGUGUAGUGUAGAACUGUGUACGAUUUGAUAACCGCGUUUACCGCAGUAUCCUUGCCUUCUUAGCUAUAGAACGCCUUUCGUACGCCCUAGUUUAAACGUCUAUCAUAUACUCAAAACUUCCAAUAUGGAAAAGUAGCACGCGUACAGCUUGGCGGCAGGAUAGAUCAUCUAGUUAAAAGUACAAACAUACGAAUCGAAACACUUAUCAAUACCCAUCUACCUACUAACCUACCGUCUAUUACUACUUCUACUUGACCGUUGCGGAGGCCAAGCUCACUUCUGACCUACUGCUUCGUUCUAUUGUGGCAGCUUUUAGGCGGUUGCAGUACGCAGUUCGUUUGCGUGCAGGAUGUUAACUGAUCUAGUUGAUUUUAUCGCUUGUAGAGUUUUGGACGAUGGAUUGGAAACGAUAAUGAAUAAAGCAUAGCUAUCGAUAUUGGCAAAA